AUGGACAGAGAUGCUUGGACUAAAAUUCCAACCAAAAAGUUCCCAUGGUCGAGUCCUUCUAAGAAAGUUUUUAUUACCGAUACUGGAACUCCUGCAUGCACCACUAUAUCAAGCUGCAUAAAAACUAUAAAAAACAUCCAACAAAACGAUCUUAUCAAGCAUUUCAUUGAUAUUAAAUACAAUUUUUUGAUCGGUGGUUCUGAAGCAACCAUGUUCGAAGGAAGAGGCUGGAACAUCACAAUUGAAGGGUAUCCAGACACACUUCUUAUUGCUCUCAUAGGAAAAUAUAAUAACACAGUUCCAAAUGCUAAAAUGAUGUGUGCAGUUUCUCGAUUAGUAGAAUAUGGAAGAUAUUUUUUAGAUGACAACUACAUAGAAUACAGUGACAUCAAUAACUUUAAACUUUUAAGUGAUAAUGAAAUUUUUGAUUGUGAAUCGGGCUAA